CAUCGACUGACCCUGACCUCUAGCCAUCCAACACUGCGCAAAUGGGUCUCGGCAAGAAUGUCUGCCUUGUGCUGACUCUGGUCAGACACGCCGAAACCGAUCUGGAUACCAAGAUCCCGCGGGUAUUGCAAGGACAGUCAGACACUACACUCAGCGGCGUGGGAAUCAAACAGGCCGAGAGUCUCGGAUGGAGACUGAGAAAGUACCAUUUCAACCACAUAUACACCAGCGACUUACAACGAGCUAUUCAGACAACGGAUGAGAUUCGGAAGCAUCACCCAUCCACCCCCGUGACAGUCGAGCAGCGUCUGAGAGAAAAGAACCUCGGCGAUCUGACGGGCAUGUCAUGGUCAGACGCAAAGCAGAUCCUGAAAAUCGAGGACGUACAUCUGGACGACCAUAUAGGCGGCCAUGGCGGCGAGACCAAGACUGAGUUCUACGAGCGAGUCACCAACUUCUACAGCGACAUUAUCAAUCAGCAUCUCAUCCAACCGCACGCAGAAAUGUUAGAGUCGAUCCAGACCCUACCCGAGGAGACGUCCAAGCUCAAGGAAGCACCCUUCUCGGACGCAGCCAGCAUGGCGUCGAUGGGGUCUCUUUGCUCGGUUCGAAGCGGGAUGCCGAAACUCAAACAGGUCCACGUCCUGGUGGUGACCCACGGCGGGUGGAUUCAGGCAUUCUCGCAGCAUCUUCUGCAGGAGCUCAACUUCAACUUUAUCCCUAGCGAUAUCCAUCUUGGAUUCCCGAAAAACACGGGCGUCUACCGAUUCACCAUCGCAAAGGCGACCAAACCCGACGGCGACUACGAGUGGGAAGGCAGUGUGAAGCUCAUGAACUGCGUCUCGCACAUGGCCGGAAUAUCCAAAAAGGUCAUGAAGGAGUCUUCGAGCCAUCUCUCGCUCCAGAGCAUCACCGAAAGCCCCCGGCCCAUCCGCAAGGUUUACAGCAAGAAUGCAGAGCCAGAGACCGAGUCCAAAGUCGGGCAAACAGCCGAGCCCCCAAGGCCGGCUUCAAACGCUAUAGCUGGCGGAACCCAACGCUCGCUGGGAUGGUAAGGAGCCGACCGACAAACGACCUGUACCGACUGUUCAAACCCGCAAAUAUAUCAAUGUG